GCCUCCCGCUGCACGCUUCAAGAGGUACGCAAGCCUAGGUGAUACUCUCACGGACUCUCGCCGACUACGGUCUCGUUACGCUACGCGUUUUACUACGCCCGCGUUGCGUUGGGUUGCUACGUCGCACCGCGAUCCGCUGCAGCAGCCGACGACAGAUCGAUUCCUUUCAUUCGAUUUUUACCUCGUCCUUCGGGAGGCUGCGACGAAAGUGCGCGAAAGAUAGAAGAUAGAGAGAGAGAGAGAGAGAGAGAGAGAGAUAUAUAGAGAGGGUGAGGGAGAGAGAAGGAGAGAGAGGAUCAGACUCUUCGACUGUGACACACAUCCGACUGAGGGAAAACUCCAGUGAUCACCGAUCCGGAAGGAUUCACUCAGUGAUCAACGACCGGUUCGGAACACCCGCGCAUCUCGAUCCCUUACUCAACCCUUAUUUGCGGAGAAGUGCUGCGCAGUCGUGGACGAGUUUUACGGCUCCUGUUUUCCCGCCAAUAUUCAAGCACCACGUUCUCAGUUUCGUUACCGAUCGUUCGCCGAUCGGCGGAUGAAGCCACGGACCGGAGUAUUUAAGUGGAAAAAUAUGUAUGCUAUUGGAAAUAUGGGGAAUAAUUAGUGCGCGAUAAUUCCAAGCGGGUCAGUGUGAACUUCGGUACAACUCUGCGACAAGGCCGGUCAGCGCAAGUGAAGAAAACGUACAAACGUCCCGAAGUAAACGGAUAUGAGAUAACGGUGUUGGGAAGUGUCGAGGGAUACGCGAUAGCGCGGGAGUGCCGAUCGCGGGGGAGGAUCUAUCGAUUGAUCCGACGAUCCGGGCGGCCUGCAGCGAUCCUUGGAGAUUUGAACGCUUGGGAAACUCGGGCCCCGACGCUUCCAGCGGAAGUUGGACCUCCGGGAAUCGCAGAUCUCGACGGUAAAUCGCCGGGCACACAUCCUAGGAUCCGCUGCACGUCGGCGUUGGAGCAGAGCCUCGGAGGCAGAGGAAGGACGAAGCGGUACCAGGACCUCGGUGCACGGCUAUGAUCAGCAUGGAGCUGCCCUCACACGCGACGCAGCACGGGGGGCUCCACCUUGGGGACUCAGCGCUGGCGUCGAUUCACCCGCACCCUCAGGACUCCCUGGGAAUGCACCACCACCAUGCCUCAGGCAAUGCAACACCUGGAGAUGACGGGAGCCACGGGAUGAACCAGGACGGCCAUGGUGGAGUAAAUCAACUUGGGGGCGUUUUCGUUAACGGAAGACCUUUGCCGGACGUCGUGAGGCAAAGAAUCGUCGAGUUGGCUCACAGCGGCGUCAGGCCUUGCGAUAUCAGCAGACAACUCAGGGUAUCUCACGGCUGCGUUUCGAAGAUACUGUCGAGGUACUACGAAACCGGAAGCUUCAAAGCCGGCGUGAUAGGUGGCUCGAAACCUAAGGUAGCGACGCCGCCGGUCGUCGACGCUAUUGCCAACUACAAGAGGGACAACCCGACGAUGUUCGCGUGGGAGAUACGGGACAGGCUCCUAGCUGAAGGCAUCUGCUCCCAGGACAAUGUUCCCUCCGUCUCGUCGAUCAACCGAAUCGUGAGGAACAAGGCCGCCGAGAAGGCGAAACACGCCCACCAACAGCAGCAGGCCCAGCAGCAAGGACAACCUCAGGGUCAACCUGGGUCUGGCGGUUCUGUAUCCGUCAUCACCCACGCCCCGGCCAAUGCUGCCGGACACCCUGCCGCCACUGCCCCCAACGCCUACAGCAUCAGCGGCAUCCUCGGCAUCCCAGCUCACCAUCAGGACCCCAAUGGAAAUAGCAUAAAGCGGAAACGCACCGACGAUGACGAUAAUCGCGACCUGAGCGAUCACCCUGAGGACGACUUGAAGAGACAACGAAAUAGCUACAACGGAGAUCAGCUCUACUCCAACCUAUGGUCGAGUAAAUGGAGUAUCAAGGACGAGCAUAAGCUCCUCAGUGAACUUGGCGGCGGCGGAGGAGGAGGCGGAGGAGGUGGAGGAGGGGGCGGCGGCGGGGGCGGUGGGGCGAACGGGGGUGGCGGCGGUGCUCCGGGGUACUACGAACACGGGGGAUUCCCCGGGUCCGCCGUGGCCACCUCCACCGAACUCUACGACUCCCUCGGCUCCAUCGGAACGAUGACGCAGGCGCAGACACCCCAUCUUUAUACCCCGCCCAUAGGGGGUACCAUAGCAGGUGGUACCUUGACGCCCCUCGCCCCGUUGACGAUGCAGGAACUUAAAUUAAGCCAAACUCUGGACCCGGCUAACAUGUCGCCUUACCAUACCACAGGAGAGAACGGUGCCGUCGCAGUGCCGUACGUUGUCGUUGGGGCGGGUGGGGGCGAGCAGAGUCCGCCGAUAUCGCUCCACAGCGAGGCUAACGCUGCCCCUGCCGCCCCCAACACCCCCGGAGGUGACCCGGGACUGACGGUCCUUCAGCCACCAGUUUCCCAGUCCCAGGUAUCGUCGGCUAUACCGCCAUACUCCGGCAUGUUACCCAGCUUCGGACACUACGCCACCGGCGGUGGUGACUACGCCUACAGUGCGGCGUACUCUCAGUACUCGAGUGCACCUUACAGCGGAUACGGGUACGGGACGGCGACAAGCGGGUUGCUCAAUUCGACGUAUUACUACUGCAAUGGGGACACGCUGGCGUCUUCCCACAACACUACGCAACAGGGAGGCGGAAGUGGGGUGGGCAUCGGUGUCGGGUGCGGUAAUAACAACAACCACAACAACAAUGGCAACAACAACAAUCACAACCACAACCACAGCCACAACCACAACCACAACGCGGGUUCGGAUAGCAGCGCAGAAGUAGCCAGCCGUUCGCCGUUGGCAGCAACCAGGGCGAGUAGCGGCGCCAGCGCAGCUUCACCGACCGGAAGCGCCUGCGUAAAACCCGAGCAUCCGAUCGCGACGCCCACGGAUUUGUACCUCGGUUGAAAAUCCUCGUUCGUUAUCAUUAUCACGGUGACGAUUAUAGAGUGCAGUAUUCGAUUAGUGAACUGACGCCAUAUCAUAACGGGGGGAGAGAACGCCGACGAGGGACUUGCCGAAUUUUUCACAUGCGGAGGGUGUAAAAUGAAAGAGGGAAAUCAUGACCACUGAUCUCUUAUUCUACGGAUAUAGUAUAUCUGGUUAAUAACACUAUUAUGACGAGUUUCGCGGUUCAACUACAACAUACCAUGAGAUGCACUGUUAUCUAAUUAUCACAACACGCGGAGCAAUUGUAGAUACAUAUACCAAAUAUAAUCCUUUCCCUGUAUACAGUAAUAUAUGUAUACAGGUGGUUACCCACUCUGAUGAGUGAAAGUAUCGCAUUGAAGAUAAUUGUAUAAUUGAACUUGAAUAAUCAUCGGGAGAAUGAUCAAUUUCGCCUUCAGUGAAAUAUUUCCUUUUCUAAUAUUGCAAUGUUGCACGUGACAUGCGUCUGUCAUAUGUAGUAUAUAUGUAUAUAAUGUGCGAAUCGGGGCGAAAGACGAGCCGAUAUGAAAUUCAAUUGGUGAAAGAACAGCGUUAUGCAUAUACACAAGUAUAUUCGGGUGACCGGCGAGCAGUUGCUGCAGCUUUUAGAUAGUUUAAUUUUUAUCCCUAAUUAAUGAUUUUAAUGAUUAAUCAUUAAUUCCUAUGAUAAAUAGCGUAAUUUUUAUGCAAUCAUUUUUUCAAUCACACCGAAAUUAUUUAUACACACUGAGACACGUCGUAUCCUUAUUAUGACUAUGAUUAUGAUUAUCAUUAUGAUUAUUAUUGUACUAAAUUAUAAUUUAAAUAAGUCGCGUUAACAUGCGCAGAUGUAAUUAUUACACCAUCUCCUUGGCACGUACUACUUAUACCCAGGUAGUCUUUUGUUAUUUGUAUGAUAUCUAUAAUUAAUUAUAAUAAUCGCGGUUUGAUUUGAGAUUUAUUUAUUUUUAUUUUAUAACAAUUUUGUUUCUUUCUUUUUAAAUUUUCUUCUCCGUUCAAAUUAUUAAACGACACAUUUUUGUCGUAAUUUCAUCUAUUCGUCCUUAUUAUCGUACUUUUAAGAAUAUAUUAUAUAUACAUGAAUAUAUAUACAUAUAUUUUGUAGAAACCAAAGACCACGACGUCGUGUUCGACAGGCAGAGUUUACAGCGACUUUAAUUACGCUAUCCUUAUUAUUACAACUAUAUUAUUAUUUUUAUAUUAUACUUAUCUGUGCAGGUUACUAUAUAAAGACAUAUACACACGUAUAAAUAUACGAAGAGUUAUUCUUAAAAGGAUCUCCUCGAAAAUUUCAACUCCUCUAGUUUAUCAGCGUAGCCAACUUUUUCAAAAUGUUACCAGAUCGUGACGUUGCCGUGAAACGGCGCUUAUUAAUAGGCGAGAGGUUAUGGCUGAUUGCCACUUAUCAGCUAGUCGAUUCUAGGGAAUUUGUUCUUUCUAGCGAAGGUUUGCUUCAGACUGCGAGCCCGAUUGUCAGCCAAUCAGAAUUAAGCAAGUUGAGUCGCGCGCACGCUACGAGCAAGUCCUUUCAAGCAGAACUCUUUGUAUAUGUUAUCAUCACGAUUAUAUCACAAAUAAUUGUUGUAAAUAAAAUUUAUUAUACACGGUGAUGCAUGCACGACGUUUUUCAAUAUUACAAUAUACACAUAAAUGUACCUAUAUAUGCAUACAUAAAAAAAAAAUUGUAUGAAUAGCGUGAAUUGUAUAAGAAUAAAUGGAUUAUUUUUCUUUCGCAAGGAAGACAGUUUAUGUCAACUAACAGCUGAGAUAAAGCUGUUAAGCGAUAUAACACCUGCAGAUGAAAAAUUCGCAAAUCGAAGAGAAAAAUGAUAAUAA